UCUGGGGCCUCCAGGACAAAAGGGUUCUGUUGGAGUACCUGGAAUUCCGGGGAUGAAUGGACAAAAAGGUGAACCCGGGUUACCUGGAGCAGUAGGACAGAAUGGAAUACCAGGGCUAAAGGGAGAACCUGGAGAACAAGGAUUAAAGGGAGAUGCUGGAGAGAAUGGCCCCAAAGGUGACACAGGCGAAAAGGGUGACCCUGGAUCAUCUGCUGCAGGAAUUAAGGGAGAACCCGGAGAAUCUGGUCGUCCAGGGCAAAAGGGUGAACCAGGGCUUCCUGGGCUUCCUGGACUUCCGGGGAUAAAGGGAGAACCAGGUUUCAUUGGUCCUCAAGGAGAACCAGGCUUACCAGGCUUACCAGGAACAAAGGGCGAACGUGGGGAGGCAGGGCCUCCUGGACGAGGGGACCGAGGGGAGCCUGGAGCCCCUGGACCAAAGGGGAAACAAGGUGAAUCAGGAACUAGAGGCCCAAAAGGGUCAAAGGGCGAUCGUGGAGACAAAGGAGACUCUGGAGCCCUGGGACCAAGGGGUCCACCUGGUCAGAAGGGAGAUCCAGGAGCCACUGAAAUCAUAGACUACAAUGGCAACCUCCACGAAGCCUUGCAGAGGAUUACCACGUUAACAGUCACGGGUCCCCCUGGACCACCUGGACCUCAAGGACUGCAAGGGCCAAAGGGAGAGCCAGGAUCCCCGGGAGUCCCAGGAGUUGAUGGAGAGCAGGGACUCAAAGGCUCAAAGGGAGACAUGGGGGACCCAGGUAUGCCAGGUGAAAAAGGAGGAAUUGGACUUCCUGGACUACCGGGUGCCAAUGGAAUGAAAGGAGAAAAAGGAGACUCAGGAUUGCCAGGUCCACAGGGCCCUUCCGUCAUAGGCCCACCAGGCCCACCAGGUCCCCAUGGCCCACCAGGCCCCAUGUGUUCACUGCAGACAUCUUUCAGUGACCAGUGGAGAAAUGACUAUGUCCUCGUAGAAUUCAUGUUCGGUGAAGAAGGUAGUCGUUAA